AUGCCGCCCGAUGUCGUGAAGCGCUACUCGUUAUUCCAGCGCUCAGUGCGCUUGAUACAGACGUCAAUUCGCCGUCUAGAUCGUUGGGCUGCCUCGCGUGUCCCCGGUUUACCCAAUCCACCCGAAGUCGAGGAAAGAUUGCGCAAGCCUCGUUUCAUCGAUCUAUGGGAAUUAACGUUCGAUGACCACCGCCGCAUCUUCCACGAGGUGUGGCAAGAGUACAAAGCAUCGUUUUCUGGUCCCAGUGACGAAGAACUCGAUCGCAGCAAGGAUGAGAUUAAGCGUGCAGUGCAGAUAGUACGCGGUCAGGUAUCGAGCACUGUGAACAAAAACUUGAGUUUCCUGGACAAAAGUCUAGAGGGCACAAAAGCUCACAAUAAUCUACACACAUUGGGCAAGCAAGGUGCCGAGAACGUUCAAUACCUUGCAAAAGAGAUUAAGGACGUGGCCAAGGGUGUAGACACGGAUGCUGUGAUUGCCCAUGCCAAACAGGUGGUGGAAGACAGUCGUAGUAAAGACGAUAUGGCUACAACGCUUAAGAAAAAUGUGAUAGAGCUGCGUAAUCUGGCGAAAGAGGGACGAGAUGCUGCAUUGCGCCUAGACGGCAAGGACGUUGAUACUUUUAAGCUCAGUGUGCAAUCAUGGUUUGCGGACAAGCUGCUGGUGGGCCAGUCAGUGCUCAUGGCAUUUAUCAAUGGUUACCGAGAGGGUAAGGCGCUGGAGAUUGAACGUGAGGACGCAUUAUUGAUCACUUUUGCAAAGCAAGCAGCAGAAGACCACAAGGACCUUAUCGAGAAUCAGGUGAAGAAGAUAAUGGACCAGCAGCGAGAAAAGCAACGACAGGAACAAGAGAAAGCAGCAUCAGAGGCAUCGCAAAACACUGGACACUCAGAGCUGAAGGCAGAGUCAAUCGAGAUGGAGAAAGAAAGCGGGAAAUCGUCAGCAGCAGGGCAGUCGUUAUCGGCUCAUCAUUCUGAACCUCUAACAGGAAGACUAUCCUCCACAUCAAAUAAGACCUAG